AUGCCGGGCGCCUGGGUCCCAGGUUUCGCGCUCACCUUGCUCUUCAGCCUGCUCUCCAGUUCCCAACCAGUAAGCGCCAAUGCGGUUGUAUUCAAAUGUGGCUCCAUAAACUGCACCAGAGGAUUUAGAUGCUGUGCCAGUGGAUGCUGCCCAAAGAUAAAUGUAUGGGAUUCUUCAAAUGAUACCUUCAGGAUCUUGUUCAUCCUCUUCAUGGUGAUGAUACCUCUCUUGUGCAUCUGCGGCUUUGUGAGGCGCUUCUGUCCCAAGUGCAGAGAACCAGAGCAGAACCGCAGACCGAGUCGUCAGAUACCUCCAGAGCCACCUUCCAUUGCCCCCCUAGAGACGAUCUGGGUCACCACCUUGGAUCCCCCACCACCCUAUAGUCAGGUUGUUCAGAAGCCAGUUCCCACAGAACCACCUCCUCCCUACAGCCUCAGGCCUGAGGAACCUGCGGACCCAAUGAGAGGCACUUUGAGCCAGGCCCUUUGAGUUACCUCAUCCACAAACUUCUUGGAUCAAGCCCAGGACUUUGGAGACUCUUCUGGAAUGACUCCACUCAUCCCAUCAUGACCUUGAUCCUUUGAUUUAAUUUAUUGUUUUUCUACCCCUGUGCCUCGCCAACUACCUUUUGUCUGAGCUGAACUGGAUCCAUAGUCUCUGUCAUAACUCCCAAGCUCAAGACUGUUGAGGGUGCCUGCGGUGGGAUGCAGAGCUUGACUGAACAGCUUGCUCUGCCGUCCCACAGAAGCACUUCUGUGCCUGGAGGAGAUUGAAGACUGAACUGCAUGGACUCUGAUACACCUUCGAACAAUACCUGCACAGACCGGACCCCACUGUCCUCCACAGCCAUACACAAAACACGUGCACUUGCUAGAGUUUCACCGACUGGCCUCUGGCUCUGGCUGCGAAGUGGUGAUGGAGAUGAGUUCAGAGGCCAAGCGUCAGUCAAAUCCUUCCACACGGUGACUGUGUUGACCACCUCCCUGGGAGGAGUGUGCAUCCAAGCUGUGAAUAGAUGCUUUGACCUUAAGUUCCCUGGGGCCUGUGACUACUAAAGAAAUGGACCAGAAUGCUCCCUGGAUCCUUUUCUCCUCUCUGCUUUCUGGGUGAACUGGACUUGAUAUGCAUGGGACUCUUAGGGGAGACCAGAAAAGAGA